GGCUGAUACUCUCAAGGAUGUGAACCUUUCCUUCCUGUUUCUGUAACACAGGCAGCGUAUCCUCCGCAUAGUGGGCUGCAAUAGACAUAUAUCAGGCCUCCAUAAUGGCUGUGUUCUUAGCCUUAGCCUUACAAAGUCGCUUAAUUCAUAGCCUCAAUCGCGCCAAAUGCGUGAUUAUAUUCAUUUAGCAUCCGUUGUUUUAGACAUUUUAUUUACGUCUGUAUAGACAGCAUCAGGAACACGCGCUGUUCUCCGGCAAUUGUUCCCACUGUAUUCUCAUGGCGGAGACUAAAAUCAUUUACCAUAUAGACGAGGAGGAAACUCCUUAUUUGGUGAAACUGUCAGUAGCUCCAGAAAAGGUAACUUUGGCAGAUUUCAAAAAUGUCCUCAGCAACCGACCGGUCAACAGCUACAAAUUCUUCUUUAAAUCUAUGGAUCAAGAUUUUGGGGUUGUCAAAGAGGAAGUCUCUGACGAUAACUCCAAACUGCCUUGUUUCAACGGGAGAGUGGUGUCAUGGCUUGUGUUGGCUGAGAGCUCCCAUACGGAUGGGAUGUCUGUGUGCACUGACAGUCAUACUGAGCUGCCCCCACCGCUGGAGAGGACAGGAGGUAUUGGAGACUCCAGACCCCCCUCGUUCCACGCUAAUGCAGUGAACAGCAGAGACGGGCUGGACACAGAAACUGGAAGCGAGUCCGUUCUUCGCCACCGUCGAGAACGGGAACGAGAAAGGACCAGACGGAGGAGAGAUGAAUUCCCACGUGUGAACGGUCACUCUAAAGCUGAGCGGGUGGUGAAGAACACAGCCAUGGCCUGUGACAGUGGCUCUGUGAUGAGCAGUGAGCUGGAGUCAAGCUCUUUCAUUGACAGUGAGGAGGAUGAGGACGCUAGCAGGCUGAGCAGUUCCACAGAGCAGAGCUCUUCUUUUCAGUUAAUGAAAAGACAUAAGCGCAGGCGCCGGCGACACAAAGUGGCAAAAAUCGACAGGUCAUCUUCCUUCAGCAGUAUCACAGAUUCAACCAUGAGCCUCAACAUCAUCACAGUUACCCUUAAUAUGGGUAAGAUCAGCUUGCCUUGUACAUGCACAAAUACAGUACAUCACAAAUUCAUCACUUCCAUCUUCUCUUUCAUUUGCACAGAGAAAUAUAACUUUCUCGGCAUCAGUAUAGUGGGCCAAAGUAACGAUAGAGGAGAUGGUGGCAUCUACAUCGGCUCUAUUAUGAAGGGAGGAGCGGUGGCAGCAGAUGGGAGGAUAGAGCCAGGCGACAUGCUGCUACAGGUAAAUGACGUGAACUUUGAAAACAUGAGCAAUGAUGAUGCAGUCAGGAUCCUCAGAGAGAUCGUCUCAAAGAACGGUCCCAUCAGUCUCACUGUUGCCAAAUGCUGGGAUCCUUCCCCUCGCAGUUACUUUACAAUACCCAGAGCUGAACCAGUUAGACCCAUUGACCCAGCAGCAUGGAUUUCCCACACUACUGCGCUUACAGGAUCUUACCCACAAAACGAGUUUGACGAUCUCCCUCUUACAGUGGGAAAGACAGACAUGGCCACUAUUGUAAAGGUGAUGCAGCUCCCAGACUCGGGAUUAGAAAUAAGGGACAGAAUGUGGCUGAAGAUUACUAUAGCUAAUGCUAUAAUAGGAGGUGAUGUAGUAGACUGGCUGUACUCACGGGUCGAGGGAUUUAAAGACCGGCGGGAUGCCAGGAAAUACGCCAGCAGCCUGCUGAAACACGGCUAUCUCAGACACACUGUCAACAAGAUCACCUUCUCCGAACAGUGUUACUACACAUUUGGAGAUCUCUGCCAAAAUAUGGCUACACUUAACUUGAAUGAGGGAUCAAGUGGUGCUGGUUCAGAGCAGGACACAUUGGCCCCUCUUCCCCCUCCGUCCACAAACCCGUGGCCCAUGGGUGGCCAGCCCUUCCUCUAUCCACCCUUCUCCACAGCACCCUCUGGUUUCCCCCCAGGUUAUUCUGACCCCUGCCACAGUUUCCACACUGGGAGCGCAGGAAGUCAUCACAGUGAGGGAAGUCGAAGCAGUAGUUCCAACCCUAGUGUUGGGAGGAGCCAGCGGCCUGUGCCUAGGGACAAGGACCGCAAAUCAGCAGGCAGCGGCGGCAGCGAAUCGGAUUCAGGCAAGCGAGCAGGUAGGAGGCGGGUUGAGCGUUCAUCCAGCCAGUUGAGCCACCGUAGCCAUGCGCUGUCAACUCGCAGCCACACUCAUUCCCGCGUCCCGUCCCAACACAGCCGCACGUCCUUCUCCUACACCCACGCUCCCUUUUCCAAGUAUGGCCACACCUCUUGUGCGCUCAGUGAACGGAGCCACACAUCCUCUUACGGACCCCCAGGCCUGCCUCCUCCCUACAGUCUGGCCAGAUUGACCCCUAAAGGGACUAUCAGCAGCGGGCCCCCAGGGGCCCCUCCAGUGAGGGAAAUAGGGGCCAUACCACCGGAACUCACCGCCAGUCGCCAGUCUUUCCAGCAUGCCAUGGGCAACCCUUGUGAGUUUUUUGUGGAUAUAAUGUAAUCUGAUGAACAAAUAAUAAAUAGCAGUACAAUAAAAAUCUCACAAGGUGAGUCCCAUAAAUACAUUAUCAACUUAAUCAAUCAGCAAAUGUUGCUGUGCUGUAGUCACAAGUUCCUGUGGAAGGUUGAGGAGCAGAUGUGUUAAGAUAACCAUGUGUUGAGCAGAGGGCAAAUACCUACAAUACACUACUGUUCAAAAGUUUGGCAUCGGUAAGAAAGUAGUCUCUUAUGCUCACCAUUACAUCUACAUUCAUUUAAUCAAAAAUACAGUAAAAACAGUAAUAGUGCAAAAUAUUAUUUCAAUUAA